AUGGAAUCAUCAUUUGAAGCAUCAAAAAGUUUAAAUGAAAAUAGGGAUGAUAUAGAAUUAAUACCUACACAAUCACAAGGAUCACCAUCAUUAUCUUCGUCAAGCACUAUAACAUCAACUAGUAGACUUGGAUCAAACCAAGUUUUAAUUCGUAUUUACUUUAUUGAUGACACACACAAAACACUAUCGAUUGACCCAAAUAAUACAACUGGUGAUCAAUUAUGGGAAAUGGUUUCAGAGAAAUUAGGUAUAAAUAAUAGAGAUUCAGAAUGUUUUUUUGUUUGGGCUCAAAAUGAUGAAAUUGAAUGGUUAUUAUUUAAUCACCAAAAUAUAUCAGAAGUUAUUAAAAAUUGGGGAAUUUUAAAAAAAAGAUAUUGUAAUACAGAGGAAAAUUCGCCAUCAUCGUCAACAUCAUCACCAAUUUUAAGUGGAUUAUCAAGUAUUAGAGGUAAAAAGAGUAAUGCAAGUUCAACAUCAAAUGCGAAUGAUGGUAGUGGUAGUGGUAGUGGUAGUGGUAGUGGUAGUGGAAGUGGAAGUGGAACAUCAACACCAAAUAGUCCAAAAGGUGGAUUAUCAGGAUUUUUAACAUUAGGUAGAAAGAAUAAAGCUCAAUCACCACAAUUACAAUCACAAUCAUCAUCACUUUCAACAACGAUUGCAAGUGAACAUGCAUCUAAAUUAAGAUCAUCAUUCCCAACACUUGGAGAGGAAGGACAAUUUAGAUUAGUUUAUAGACCAACAAGUGUACUACCUUUAGAAUUAGAAAGAUCGAUCAAUACAGCCGAAGCAACACAUUUAUUCUACAUUCAAGCCAUUCAUAAUGUAAUCAAUAGUAAUUAUCCAUGUGAAGAGGAUGUAGCAUUGAAAUUGGCGUCUAUUCAAUUACAAGUAUUGGUAGGUGACCAAAAAAUGGAACAUCAAGAUCACUUUAAAGAAUCGAUUUCACGUUAUAUACCAUCACAUCUAUUGAGUAAACGUAAGGCAGAGGAAUGGGAACAGCUAGUGAUACCACAACAUUCAUUGUUACGUGGAUCCGAUUCACUUCAAUUGAAACGUGCAUACCUUGAAACUUGCCAAAGAUGGGCAUACUAUGGUUCAACAUUUUUCAAAGCUAAAUAUAUUCCUGCCAAUACUUCAUUUUUCACACAAGAAUUUCAAGGUAAAGUUUCAAUAGGUAUCAAUGGUAAUGGUUUCCAUAUCAUAGAUCCAAAGGAAAUGAAAAUGGUCUCCUAUAGCUAUCGUGAUAUCAUUGCUUGGGAUAGUACUUCAAACUCUUUUACAAUCAAAUUUAAAAUUGGUCAAGAUAAAAAAUUUGAAACAAAACCUUACAUUUUCAAAACACCACAAGGUGAAUUAAUAAAUGAUUUAAUCUCUGAUUGGAGUGAAGAAUGGGAAUCAAAAGAAAAGAAAAAUAAUAAAGAUUCAAAAAAGAAAUAA